CAACAGUUUGGUUGUUGCAACUUUAUCUUUAUGGUAUCCAGCGGUGUAACAAAAGGCUAUUAAUUACAAUUCCCAAAGUAUAUAGCAUAUACUGCUCUAUGCUUUUCAAUUUGAGUGUGACAAAGUAAGAAAUUGAUUCUCAUUGAAAUGGAAACACCUUUGGUGAAGAAAAACUUAACAUCAGAAAGUGAUUAUUUGGCAGUGAAAAGGUUGAAGGAUGUUAAAUAUGUGAUAUGGAAUGAGACAGUGAAGAUAUGGAGGAUAGCAGUUCCAGUGGCUUUGUGUUCACUUUUUCAGUAUCUUAAUUACACUUCAACUUCAAUCUAUGCUGGUCAUCUUGGAGACAUUGAGCUCUCUUCUGUCUCUCUUUAUCUAAGUGUCAUCACUUCUAUCUAUUACUCCUUGCUGUUUGGUAUGUCAACAGCAUUAGCAACAGUAUGUGGGCAAGCUUAUGGUGCUGGACAAUUUCAAAAUGCUGGUAUUUAUGUUCAAAGAUCAUGGAUUAUACUCUUAACCACAUGCAUAUUCCUCUUGCCUAUUCAUAUAUAUGCAACUCCAAUCUUAAAAUUUCUUGGCCAAGAACAAAAAAUAGCUGAUCUAGCUGGCAAAUAUGCUAUUCUAGUAAUUCCCUACAUGUUUUCCUAUGCUAUCAAUCUACCGAUCAAGAAAUUUCUUCAAGCACAAAGUAAAGUUAAUGUUAUUAUGUACAUAGCAAUCAUGACAUUACUCAUACAUAAUGGUUUACUUUACAUCUUCACCCAUGUAUUUGAUUGGGGAAUAAUUGGCUUAGCAAUGGCAAGUAAUAUAACAGGAUGGGUAUUUUCUGUUGCAUUGGUGAUUUAUACCAUUGGUUGGUGUAAAGAAGGAUGGAAUGGAUUAUCUUGGAUGGCUUUUAAGGAUUUAUGGGAAUUUGCCAAACUAAGUAUUGGUUCAUCUGUAAUGAUCUGUUUAGAACAAUGGUAUUCUGCUUGCAUUAUGCUACUUGCUGGUCAUCUUGAUAAUCCUGUCAUUGCUAUUGGUUCCUUUUCAAUUUGCCUUAAUAUUCAAAGUUGGAAAACCAUGCUGUUUCUUGGAGUCAGCACAGCACUGAGUGUUCGUGUGUCUAAUACACUUGGAAUGUCGCAUCCAAGAGCAGCCAAAUACUCCUUCUUGGUGACAAUGUUUGAGUCUCUUCUCAUUGGAAUCAUUUUCAUGAUUGUGAUUUUCUUAAGUAAAAACAAAUUUGCCAUUAUCUUUACCAACAGUAAGGAUAUUAUACAUGCUUCGAGUGAAUUAGCAUACCUUCUUGGUAUUUCCAUGGUUCUCCAUAGUGUUUCACAAACUAUAUCAGGUGUUGUAACUGGAUGUGGAUGGCAAGUUAUGGUUGGUUACAUAAACUUGGCAUGUUAUUACAUUGUUGGACUCCCCGUUGGAAUUUUUCUUGGUUUCCACCAGCAUUUAGGGGUCAAGGGUCUAUGGGGAGGCACAAUGUGUGGCAGUAUUCUCCAGAUUUUCGUGCUCAUAUUCAUUAUUUGUAAGACCAACUGGAGCAAGGAGGUAGAGAAUACAGCUACUCGCAUGGGAAUUUGGAACUCUACCAAACUUCAAAAGGAUGUGAUAGAAAAUGGUGUCUGACAAAUGAAUAGAGUUAUAAAUGUUGAGUUGCAAAUCUUGUGUAUUGCACAUACAUUUUCUACAGCGCGCUCACAAAUAUCGUGGCGUGCUCACAAAUAAAACACGCCGUGCACCAAGUUAUAACGUGUCUUCCACGUCAACGCAAAGCAUGAAUGACAAUUCAUUAGCUUACGGAUGAAAUGCGAAUGCACAUUAAUUAACGUAGAUUUAAACUAAAAUCUAGGAAAAACAUAAGUAUUAUAAAUUUUAGAUAAAGAAAUUAUUUUCCAGCUUUCUGGAGUUAGUAACAAUUUCCUACCAUUGAAGUUUCAUCCUUUAAGAAUUGUUUUUGUAAAUUCUGUUAUUGUUUAAUUUCUCUCUGAGUAGUUAAAUUACCACUUGUAAGGGAUGAGUUCUUGUAGUUGUUAAUUGGUUGUCUUUUGUCAUUUAUCUAGUAUUUGCUUGUAAUACUGUUUAUUGAUUGAUCAUCAAUUGAAACUGAUUUGUGCCUUACCUAGUGA